GUGUGUGACCCAGGUUUUGAAACAAAAGCAGAAGGUAGCUGGAACUGCACUGGGUGUGAGCCUGGACAUUACAGAGCUUCUUCCACACUAAAGGAAGGUUGUAAAGAAUGUAAAGAAGGAUCUUACGCUCCUACAAGUAAUUCAACAGAAUGCACAAAAUGCCCUGUGGGGGAGUUUAGUUCACAAUCUGGUGCUACUAAAUGUUUCAGAUGUCCACCAGAUGCUGUGUGCCUGGAGGAAGGCUGUGAUAGAUGUAUAGGGUGCCCACCUGGUAAAGAGCCAAACUCUUCUUCAUCUUGUAAAGAGUGUGCUCCUGGCACUGCCAAAGGUGGAUAUGAACCAGGAUUUUGUGAGCAGUGUGAACUGGGAUCAUUCACACUAGUGGUGGGAUCAGACAAAUGUCGAAGAUGUCCACAAGGAGAAUAUUGUCCUUGUCCAACCUGCCCUCCUCAAGUGUGCCCAAAAGAUUAUUAUUGUCCAUCUGGUUCCUUCAAACCAUUAGCUUGCACGAAUCCAUUGUUUGUUGUUGCUGAAAACAAAGCAAGCUGUGUGGCUUCACAAGAGUUGUAUGGCAUUGGGGCUGGAGUCAUUAUAAUUGUUAUAGUUGUGGUGGUAUGUUUGAGCUACUAUUUCUUCAGGAGAAGAGUACAUGAAGGUUCAUCAGAAGAAACCACACCCCUGACCAGAAAUCAAAGAAAAGAACCAGUUUAUGAAGGAUUUUGAAAACAGACCAUUGAAUACUAUUUAAGAACACUGCAAAGUCAGAGAUUGGUCAAUUUCCCUCUUCAUUUGUCAGAGGGACAGUGAUAAAAAAAGCACUUAUGCAGUCUUAGGGGAAAAGGAAAUGUGCAAAAAGUAAUGAAAAGAGUAGGAAAACUGAAGCAAUGUAAACGUGUCUAAUAAGACUGAGUGCAGAAGAAGUUUGUUGGUCUUAAAUUUUGUUUGCCAUGAAUUGAUGUGGUUGUGAUAUUGUUAUUUUGUUACAAUUUAGUGACUUAUUCCAAGGAUUAAAAUUAUGUGGAAUCUAUGGUUAUGUUUUUUGAUUCACAAAUUCUUUGAUUAAGAAUGUUAAACAAAAAUAGUGUUUUGUAUGUAGUUUUGUUAAAGGUGUUUUUUAGUUCCACUUGAUUAAGAACUGAUACGAUGGCAUGUCUUGCUUUUAAUCCAUUUGAUAUAUUCAGUAAUAUUUCACCUGAAUUGAGUCCGUUUUACUAAGUGGACUGACGGUUUUCAAGCUUGCAUAUACCCUUAAUUGUUUGAGAUAAGAACACAGACUACUGAUAAACAUUUUGCUAAGUGAUGUUUGAGCAUAUUCAUUACAAGUGCCAACAUUGACCGACUCUGCCAACUUAUGUAAGUUUGAGGGCAAAACGUAACGUCUUGAAACAGAAGUCAUCAGAUAAAUUCAAGGCUUUAUCAGGGCUCAUAUUAAUGUAGUUUGAAGUAACUGAAAAUAUUUAUUUUCUUAUGUUUUUUAUAUAAAUGAAAUUAUGAUUGUGUUUGAGAACUUUUUUCAUGGUUGUUAUUUAUAAGUUAUUUUCGUGAGCUGGAGCAUGUAACACAUAAGUGUUUCAUGGCCAAGCAGUAACUUCAGGUAAAAAGUAAAGAAGGACAAUAAAAUGAUUUUUAUUUGUGAACAUUC